AUGUGGAGCACCAGAGGCAUGAGGAACUGGAUUGAAUUCAUUGCUCGAGGAGUCCUUUUCUUGGCAACAGACCAUGGUGAGAUGCAGGAUGCAUACAACUAUGGUGCCGACGCAUCCGACCAUCGUGUGACGACACAUCCGACACAUCCGACUAUCGUGUGA